AUGAAAAUACACUACACCUUCUUUCCUCCUCGGGAUCCCGAUUCUUUGCCUGUGAAGGCUUUGCAUGAGGUCUUGGGAGCUGAAUCUCAUCAAUUGUUUAGAGAGCUAGUAUUAGAAACGAUGGAAAUUCCCCAAAUAACCAAAAUUAAAUGUGUAGAUGCCAAUCCGAACAACAUCCGGAUUGUUGAUGAAGAUGGCAGAUUGUUUGUGAUUGAAAAUAUUAACUCUUUAGUGGAUCCUGAGAGCGAUGAUCAUCAAACUAUUUUACAAAGAAUUCAACAAUCAAAGCAAGUAAGACAGCACGUAUUGAAGACGUAUCCCAUGUUUGACGGUGUGAAUAGGAAAGUGAUGGGACUUGCUUCCUAUACAGAACAUGCAUUAUUCAUUGUAAAAGACACAGAGAGAAACCAAACAGUUCUUUUCGGCCAAGGGACUAAUCAGUACCGUCAACUUUGUGAUAGAUCUCUUUUGACACCGAUUGUUGGAGAUGAGGGAAAGCAUGCUAAUUAUCCACUCAUGGUUUUUGAUCCAUCGAAAGAAAUUCAUAAUGGUAAUGAGAGUCAUUACACGAUCACACAUGUCGGCUGUGCCUUCUCAUUUUCCGUGUGUGUGAUAAACAAUAUUCAUGUUCACAUGAGCGGCCAAAAUUGGCUCAGAGAGGGCUUUGAACAUAACUGGAACGACACGGUCAUCACAACAAAUUGUCCUGUGAAACAACUAGUGUGUGGUAAUUUCCACGUGUGCAUUCUCACACAAGAUAAUAGAGUAUGGACUGGAGGUUCAUGCUAUGAUGGUCAAUGUCUCAAGGAUCAUGCCUUGAUUGGCUGCAAUCAUCUUGCAUUUUGCUCAACACAAGCUUUUGCUGGUUCGGACAAUUUACUGUUGAAAUCUGUUUUUGGAUUUUAUCAUUUGUAUGGAAUUAGUGAUUUUUUCCCAGCCACUAACCAAUAUGCAGCCUUUGAGAUUGAAAGAAAAUAUGGAUUACCAGUAUCCGAUGAGACAGAUGCAAUUGUGAAACCAAUCAUUAAUCCUUUUAAACUUGAGAUCCAGGAUAUUGAACUCAACCGGAAUUAUUUAUGCUAUAGAUUUAAAAAAUCAUCCUUUAUCGUAUUUAAGGGAUCUGCUUACGAUUCUACUGGAUCGGUUAAUGAUUUAUGUAUUGAUUUUGAAAAAGAGUUUGGAAAACGACCAAUGAAGUAUAGAACAGGACCCAAUUCUUUCAUUGCUUAUGAUGACAUGUCAAGUGUUUCCCUCAGUUAUUUCUUUACACGAAUGUUGGAAACCUCUAACAAUGCACAACUCGCGGAUGUCACGAUUCAAUGA